AUGGACUUGGACGCUAACUUCCCGCCGUUGAAGAACGACCUCUUGCUUCGGGCUGCACGAGGAGAACCGACCGAACGUGCUCCAGUAUGGGUUAUGCGUCAAGCAGGACGUUAUCUUCCUGAAUUCCAAGAAGUCAGAAAAGAUCACGAAUUCUUCGAAGUCUGCCGUACUCCAGAACUUGCGACCGAAGUCACUCUCCAGCCCAUCCGCCGAUACAAAGGUCUACUCGACGCAGCCAUCAUCUUCUCUGAUAUCCUUGUCGUGCCUCAAGCAAUGGGUAUGGAAGUCCUCAUGAAUCCCGGUCCCUUCUUCCCAUCCCCUCUCACAUCACCCUCCGACAUCCCCAAAAUGCUCAAAGAAAAAGUCGAUGUCAACGUUGAUCUGAAAUAUGUUUUCGACGCGAUCUCUCUCACAAGAAAGGAGCUGGGCGGGGAAGUACCCUUGAUCGGAUUCUGUGGUGCGCCUUGGACGCUGUUUGCGUAUAUGAUUGAAGGUGGGGGAGGAAGCAAGAGCUUCACUAAGGCGAAGAAGUGGCUGUAUAUGUAUCCUGAAGAGUCAAAGGAGCUACUUAUGCGUAUUGCGGAUGUCUGUGCCGAUUUCUUGAUCGGUCAAGUCCUUGCUGGCGCUCAGCUUCUGCAAGUAUUCGAUUCCUGGGCCUCCGAACUCUCCCCACAUAUCUACAGAGAGUUCUCCCUCCCCUCCCUAAGGCAUAUCUCGACACGCGUCAGGGCAGCACUCACGUUUCGUUUCCCCCACCUCUUCCCGCCUCCCCAAGCAGGUUGGAAACCCAAAAGUAAAAUACCACUUACACUCUUUGCGAAGGGAGCGAACCAAUCUCUCAGUGUCCUCGCUCUGGAGGCGGGGUAUGACGUCCUCGGAUUAGACUGGUUAGUGGAUCCGAAGGAUGCACGGCAAAUGGUCAAGGUUAGUUUGAGUGAGGGACAUGUUACCGCGUUACAGGGAAACCUCGACCCAGACGUGCUAUAUACAGGCCGAGAGGCAAUCGAGAGGGAAGUGAAACGCAUGUGUCUUGCCUUCCGCUCGGGCGGAGGUGCACUCGCAGCUCCAUACGCAUGGAUCGCGAAUCUUGGACACGGAAUCACACCUGGCGUCGACCCAGAAGAUAUGCGGUUUUUCCUUGAAUGUGUGCAUAAGUAUUCUUCGAAGGGUUACGUUCCGUGA